AUGUCGGGCAACCACAUCGGCACCGUCCGGUCGAUCCCGAAGGAGCACCGCUAUGCGUUCCUGAACAUGCAGGCUCCGGCGUCCUACGUCGCGGGUUUGGGACGAGGAGCGAGCGGUUUCACGACGCGAUCCGACAUCGGUCCCGCGCGCGAGGGUCCUUCCGCCGAGACGAUCCAGGAGGCGAUGGCGAAGCGCGGCGAGGAGAUUCCCGACCCGGACCAGUUCCAAGACCCCGAGGACGAGCGCAACCUCUUCGCUGGAACGGUGUACGAGGCGGACGACGAGGAGGCGGACCGGAUCUGGGAUGCGGUCGAUGCACGGAUGGACGAGCGGAGGAAGGCGCACCGCGAGGCCGCCGAAGCCGAAGCUGCCGCGAAGGAGAGGGCGAACAAUCCCAAGAUCCAGACGCAGUUUGCGGACUUGAAACGUGGACUGAGCGUGCUGAAGGAUGAAGAUUGGGAGGCCAUCCCCGAGGCUGGCAACAUGACCGGCAAGCGGAGAAAGCACAACCCCCGACUCGAGGAGAACCAAAACGGCAAACUUUACGCUGUCUCCGACUCUGUGCUCGCUGGCGCCGCCGCCAGCACGCAGCUUAUGGGCGAGAUUGACGACGGACCCGCCGACGCCGACGGCACAAUGACUGACUUUGUCGCUAUGGGAACGGCGCGUGACCGUGUCCUGUCGCUGAAGCUGGACCAGGCGAGCGGAGAUGCAGCCAACGGAUCGAGCACCUCAGUCGACCCGCGCGGAUACAUGACGGCACUCAACUCGCAGGUGCUGCAGACCGACGCGCAGAUCGGCGACAUCAAGCAGGCGCGCCAACUGCUGCAGAACCUGAUCCAGAGCAACCCGAAGCACGCCCCAGGCUGGAUCGCCGCUGCGUCGCUGGAAGUGCACGCGAAGAAGAUGGUCGCCGCGCGCAAGAUCAUCGCCGAGGGAUGCGAGAAGUGUCCCCGAUCUGAGGACGUGUGGUUCCACGCCGCCGAGCUCAACACGCCCGAGAACGCCAAGCGCAUCCUCGCCCGCGCGGUCGAAAACGUCCCCCAGUCGGUCAAGAUCUGGCUCAAGGCGGCAUCCCUGGAGGCUGAUCCGAACGCGAAGCGCCGAGUGCUGCGGAAAGCCCUCGAGUUCAUUCCCAACUCGGUCAGGUUGUGGAAGGAGGUUGUCAACCUCGAGGACGACCCGGAGGAUGCGCGAAUCCUGCUCACGCGCGCCGUCGAGGUCAUCCCGACCAGCGUCGAGCUGUGGCUUACGCUCGCGCGCCUCGAGACGCCAGACAAGGCGAAGCAGGUGCUGAACAGCGCGCGACAGAAGAUUCCGACGAGCCACGAGAUCUGGAUUGCAGCGGGCCGAUUGGCGGAGCAGUCCCCGAGUGCCGUCAGCAAGGACGCGAGCGCGGAAGAGGACGCGGUGGCGCGCAAGAAGCUUGCGGCGCAGGUCGACCGUCUCAUCAAGCUUGCCGUUGGCAGUCUCACCAAGCACCAGGCCGUGCUCACCCGCGAGCAAUGGCUGCAGGAGGCCGAGGCGUGCGAGCGCGACGGCAGUCCACUUACAGCCCAAGCGAUUGUCAAGGCGACAAUCCAUUUGGACAUCGAGGAGGAGGACCGACGAACGGUCUGGCUGGAGGAUGCGGAGCGCGCAGCCCUCGGCGGAUUCUACGAGGUUGCCCGUGCCGUGUUCGUCGUGCUCAUCGAGUCCUUCCCCGACUCGCCGAGUGUGUGGCGCAAGGCGGCCGAGUUCGAGAAGGCGCACGGCACACCAGAGGCAGUGCAGGACAUUCUGGCGCAGGGUGCCGAGCACUGCCCGCACGCCGAGGUGCUGUGGCUCAUGGCCGCCAAGGAGAAGUGGGUCGGCGGCGACGUCGUCGGCGCGCAGCAGAUUCUCUCCCGCGCAUUCGAGCAGAACGAGGACUCGGAGUCCAUCUUCCUUGCCGCUGCCAAGAUUGCGGCCGAGACGAACGAGGUCGAGGCCGCGCAGCAGAUCCUGCAGAAGGCGCGCGGACAGGCCGACACGGAGCGCGUGUGGAUGAAGAGCGCGGUCCUCGAGCGACAACUCGGCAAGCUCGACGAGGCCCUCAAGACGCUCGACGAGGCUAUCGGCCGUUUCCCGUCUUUCGACAAGCUGCACAUGAUCCGCGGACAGGUGCUGGAGGAGAAGGGCGAUGUUGCCGGUGCGCGCAAGGCGUACGCGCAGGGUUGCCGCGCGUGUCCCAAGAGCGUGCCGUUGUGGAUUCUGUCUGCUAGGCUGGAGGAGAAGGCGGGUGUCGUCAUCAAAGCCCGUUCGCUGCUCGAGAAGGCGCGCCUGCACAACCCGAAGAACGAUGUGCUGUGGACGGAAGCGGUCAAGAUCGAAGAGCGCGCCGGCUCGACACAGCAGGCCAAGGCACUCCUCUCCCGAGCGAUGCAAGAGUGUCCCUCUUCGCCGCUACUCUGGGCUAUGGCAAUCUUCAUGGAGAACCCUCAGCAGCGCAAGGGCCGUUCCGUCGAUGCGCUGAAGAAGGCCGGCGAGCACCCUGCCGUCAUCAUGGCCGUUGCGCGCCUGUUCUGGGCCGAGCGCAAGAUCGAGAAGACGCGGCAGUGGAUGCAGAACGCGAUCACGGCAGACCCCGACUGGGGAGACGCCUAUGGUUGGUGGCUCAAGUUUGAGAAGCAGCACGGCGAGCCGCAGCGUAUCGAGGAGGUGCGCAAGAAGGCGGACGCCGCGCAGCCGCAUCACGGUCCCGUCUGGCAGGCGACGGCCAAGGAUAUGAAGAACAUUGGCAAGAGCACGCGGGAGAUUCUCGAGCAGGUCGCGGACAAGAUCGAGUUUGCAUAG